AUGGACCCUCAACAACAGGCAGCUGCUUCUGCUGCAUGGAGUAGUUUUUAUGGUUAUACAGUGACGGAUUAUAACACUACUUAUGGUACAAAUUAUACACAAGAAGAAUACCAACAAUACAUCCAGCAAUAUUAUCAAACUCAACACCAAGAUCCGAAUAAUUAUUACAGCUAUUAUGAUUCAGCUUACUAUCAGCAAGCGCAACAACAAGCUAUACCCCAGAAUACUACAACAUCAACAACAACAACAACAACAACAACAACAACUGCUAAUGCAGCAGCCACUUCAGUAAUAGAUCAUCCAACUAUCACUCAUACCACCACGCCUGCUAUCAACACUGUAAACACAUCGUUAGCAUCAGCAACAACGUCAUCCAAGGGGAAAGACAGUGAUAAAGUCUUGAAAGAAAUAGGAUACCCAUACCAAACUCAAGAAGACCCUUCUAUUUUGUAUGAAAAGAUCGGACAGGUUGGAGAAGGGACUUAUGGCAAGGUAUAUAAGGCACGCAAUUGUAAGACAGGGAGCUUGAUGGCAUUGAAACGUAUUCGAAUGGAAUCUAAAAAAGAUGGUUUCCCUAUCACUGCUAUGAGAGAAAUUAAACUUUUACAAAAAUUGAAACAUGAACGUAUUGUGGAAUUACAAGAAGUGAUGGUAGCAAAAGGUUCAGUCUAUAUGGUAUUGGAAUACAUGGAUCACGAUCUCUCAGGCAUUCUGGGGCAUCCAGAAUUUAAAUUUGAGCCUGAGCAUACAAAAUCAUUAGUAAAGCAAAUGCUGGAGGGUUUGGCUUAUCUACAUGACAUGGGAAUACUCCACAGAGACAUAAAAGGAUCGAAUUUGUUACUGAAUAAUGAGGGAGAAUUAAAAAUUGCAGAUUUUGGCUUGGCAAGAGUAUUUGAAAAAAGCAGAAGUCAUGAUUACACCAAUCGAGUGAUUACCUUAUGGUAUAGGCCACCUGAACUCUUAUUAGGCGCUACUGCCUAUGGACCUGCUGUUGAUAUUUGGAGCGUUGGAUGUAUCAUGCUAGAAUUCUUUACAGGAAGAGCUAUUUUCAACGGUACAGAUGAAGUCAGUCAACUAGAAUGCAUUUAUAAAAUUAUGGGAACACCCACAGAAGAGAACUGGCCCACAGUGAGAUCUUUGCCGUGGUUUGAAAUGGUGCGACCGAAUAAAACCUAUGAAUCGAAAUUUAGAGAUACAUACGAAGCUUUACUAUCGCCUGGUGCGUUAGAAUUGGCAGAAGCUUUAUUAUCAUUAGAUCCCAUCAAGAGACCCACGGCAGCAGAUGCACUCAAUUUCAAAUAUUUCAAAGAAGAAGGCCCCAAGCCUAUAAAGCCUGCAAAUUUAUUAAGCGUACAAGGUGAUUGGCAUGAGUUUGAAUCCAAACAGCGAAGGAGACAAAAGAAUUCUUCCUCGAAUAUACCAUAUAAACCUCACAAUCAUGUUGGUCAUAAGCAGAGAUCAGCAGCAAGCUCAUCUAAUGCACGUCCUGCUCCUCAUUGA